AUGGUUAAACUUAGAGCAGAAGGAACAAAAAUUAUAUCAAAAGGAAUAAAAUGGCUCUUUCAAAUUUACGUUGUAUUCUCAGUCAUAUAUACAUUAAACCAUUUUUACAACGAAUAUUUAUAUAAUGAUUUGGAUGGAAAUAUAAUACAAAGGAAUGAACCGGAAUUAGGAAUUCAAAUUCCGUUAUCAUGGGGACAAGAUAGACUAUCUUGGAAGUCUCAUAGUGGGAUAUAUGAUUAUAUGACUGAAGAAUUUUUCUUAUCUAAAGUCUUUUCUGAAUCAAUGCAACCCUCGCACGUAAUUCCAUAUUAUUUCCGAGCCCAAGAAGCUCCAACUGAAGAAGACAUAACCAUCACCACAUUAAUUACAUUAGAUCGUUUUUCCGUAUUUGAUAGACUUGUCACUAAUUAUAAAGGACCAAUUUCCGUAACAAUACAUGUCAAUGAUGAUCAAGAAUCACGUGAUAAAUUGAUUAAUGCUCUACAUGAUCUUUAUAAUAAUAAUCCUUAUAUGAAGCAAUAUGUUGAUGUUCAUCUUGUCGUCGAUAAAUUUGAACGACAAUUUAAUAUGUGGCGUAAUAUAGCAAAAUUUUUUGCUCGCACGAAUUAUGUCAUGAUGUUGGAUGUCGAUUUUCAUCCAUGUACAAAUUUCAGAAAAACGAUAUUAGAUUCACCAGAGAUAAUGGAAAAAUUACGAGCAGGAAAUACUGCUUUGGUAGUACCAGCUUUUGAAUAUGCUGAUUUAAUAGAAGGUCUUUAUUAUACAACAUUUCCUCGUACAAAGGAAGAUGCAAUAGAAUUAGUGAAUUCAAAGCGUUUAGUCAUGUUUCAUGCGGCUUGGAAACCAGGUCACGGUUCAUCCAAUUAUACACAUUGGUAUGGUGCAAAUGAAUUAUAUAAAGUCACUCAGUAUCAAUAUCAAUAUGAACCUUACGUUAUUUUCCCUAAACAUAGUAUUUGGUGUGAUGAAAGAUUUGUCGGAUAUGGUGCAAAUAAGGCGGCUUGCUUAUUUGAGUUAUAUCUUUCUGGAAUAGAUUAUUGGGUACUUCCUGAUGAUUUUCUAAUUCAUCAAACGCAUGAAUAUCUCGAAAGCGCAAGACGAAAUGAGCGAAAAUUUAAUAAAAAAUUAUAUGAUCAUUUCCGAGAAGAACUUUGCUUCCGGUACGCUAGAAACUUUAUUAUAAAUGGGGAAUGGAAUACACCGAAAGCUCAUAAUCUAAAAGAAACAUGUCAAAAGAUCAGAGGAUUCACACAAGCUAUUAAAUAUUUUACAAAAACCGAUAAAUGA